AGGUGGUGUCAUCCCUAUGGCUUAUCUUCAACAUAAAUACAGUGAGAACAUAUUCUACUUUAACAACAAUCCUUACAUUUUCAGUAAAAAAAAUGUCUGAUCAAGUUGUUCUUUUGGGUACACAUGUGAGCAUGUUUGCUAUGAGAGUGAAGAUUGCCUUGGCUGAGAAAGGGAUCCAAUAUGAAUAUAAGGAGGAAAACUUGAUGAACAAAAGCCCUUUACUUCUACAAAUGAAUCCAAUUCACAAGAAAAUACCAGUGUUGAUCCAUAAUGGAAAACCAGUAUGUGAAUCACUCAUAAUUGUUGAGUACAUAGAUGAAGUUUGGAAGGACAAAUCACCUUUGUUGCCUUCUGAUCCUUACAAGAGAGCUCAGGCAAGGUUUUGGGCUGAUUAUGUUGACAAAAAGAUAUAUGAUGGUGGAAAGAAAAUUUGGACAACAAAAGAGGAGGACCAAGAAGCAGCCAAUAAAGAAUUCAUAGAGUACUUGAAGGUGUUGGAAGGAGAAUUGGGAGACAAGCCAUACUUUGGUGGAGAAAGUUUUGGUUUUGUGGAUAUGGCUCUUAUUCCUUACUAUAGUUGGUUCCCUGCUUAUGAAAAAUUUGGCAAAUUUAGCAUUGAGGCAGUGUGUCCUAAGUUUGUGGCAUGGGCUAAGAGGUGUAUGCAAAAGGAGAGUGUAUCUAAAUCUCUUUAUGACCCUGACAAAAUCUCUGAUUUUGUUGUCAUGUUGAGGCAGAGGCUUGGCAUUGCUUAAAGGACGAAAACAUGGGUCUAGAGCGGGUUCUGUUGGUUCGACUGAACCUGUUAUUUCUAGUUCGUACUAUAGAUAUGAUAAGAUCACACGUUAUGUAAACUCUGAAUUCGCCUAUGCUCCUUUCCAGUUCUUUUGAAUUUGGAUUUGGAGAGGCAACCUAAAGAGUUGUGUUUGUGUUAGUGACUUGGCGUGCUUUAUCUAGUAUGUAGACUAAUAUGGGAGUAGUAAAAUACUGUUUACUACUUGACUCUUGAUUCAGUGAAUAAUGUAAUAUUUGUAGGUUUUGCUUUAUAAGAAGAGAUCUCUUUUCAUCCUCC